AUGGCAAAAACUGUGAAGUCUGUAGGCGAAAGAGUGUUCAACGCUGCCAGAGACGGGAAAGUAAUAACACUAGGUGACUUGUUGCACGAUAAAUCGUCGAAUGACGUGAAUAACCUGUUGUCUGAGGUUCAUGAACAUGGGGGGCAGAAGUGUACACCUCUUGUGAUAGCUUCCAGGAAUGGUCACAACAGCGUAGUGAAGCUACUCCUCGAACAGUACAAGGCCGAUGCGGAGCAGGAGGGAAUAGUGAAAUUCAAUGGAUACAUCAUCGAAGGCGCUUCUGCUCUGUGGUGUGCAGCAGGGGCGGGACACUUUGCUGUGGUGGAAACGCUUGUUGACCAUGGAGCCAAUGUCAAUCACACCACAGCUACAAACUCAACUCCUCUUCGAGCUGCUUGCUUCGACGGUCGCCUGGAUAUUGUGACGUAUCUUGUGGAACGCUCCGCUGACAUAAACAUAGCUAAUAAGUACGACAAUACAUGUCUGAUGAUAGCGAGUUAUAAGGGGCACACAUUAGUGGUCAAAUACUUACUGGAACAUGGCGCCUCUCCGGACGUUAGUGCCCACUGUGGUGCUACAGCCUUACACUUUUCAGCAGAAUGCGGGCAUUUAGAAAUUGUAAAACUGUUGGUAGAGCAUGGUGCUACAAUGUCUACUAAUGAACAUAACAUGACCCCACUCAUGGUCGCUUGUGAAAGCAAUCAAGCUGAGGUCGCAAAGUUUUUGAUAAAUCCUGAAAGGUGUUCGAAAGCUGAUCGGGUGAAGGGCUUAGAACUUCUUGGUGCUUCCUAUGCGAAUGAUAAGGAUAACUAUAGUAUUCAUAAAACUUACCACUACUUGAGGCUGGCUAUGCUUGAACGUUUCGUUGACCCUAACUGUAUCAUUGAAAAGGAAAUAAUUGAUACAAUACCAGCUUAUGAGAAGCGCUCUGAGUCCAGAAACUUGAGGGAGUUGGAGAUGAAAAAAGAUGAUCCACAUGCUCUCCAUCUUGAAGCCCUCAUCAUUCGUGAGAGAAUAUUGGGGCCAAAUAAUCCCGAAAUUCCCCAUCCUAUUAUUUACCGUGGUGCUGUCUGUGCGGAUAACAUGCAAUUUGACAAGUGUAUAUCAUUAUGGAUGCGUGCUAUGAAACUCAAGCAAGCGAAUAGACGCUCAAUCCAAAAAGAUAUACUGCGUUUUGCUCAGGUAUUCUCGCAGAUGUUACACAUUGGUGAGAGAGUCCCUUACGCUGAUAUGUUUGAGGUGGUGCAGUGUGGGGUCACUGAAAUAGAUUAUGGUCAGCAGCGCAUAAAAGGCUGUGUUGGAAAAGAUAUUGACCUUGAAGACUCUGCAAACUAUGUCGCUAUCUAUGAGAAUAAUGUUCACAUCAUGUUGUAUUUGUUCAGUAUCGUGUCACAAAUGACUUGCACAAUACAAGAAGAUGUUAGUUUUCACAAACAGGCUUAUCGGCUUAUACGACUGGCACCCAGACUUUCUGAUUUAUCAACGCUUCUACAUUUAGUGGUGAACCACAAUACACCUGUGGAUGAUUUCCAUACUAACGAUGUCUGUAAAUUUCCUAAUGCGUCAUUAGUAAAAUUGUUUAUUGAAUGUGGUGCAAAUCCAGAUGAAAUUGAUAUCAACGGCAAUAGUCCACUUCAUAUAAUUGUAAAAUAUGACAAACCUAUCAGUGAUUUUUUGAAUUUACAUUGCUGUAUCAUGUCGUUGCUAAAUGCUGGUGCACAUAUUGACAGGGUGAACAAGGAGGGGAAGACCCCCAUGCAAGUUUCAACAACAGGUGUAUCUGAGAUAAUUUUAAAAACUCAAACUAAGAUCAGCUUGAAGUGUUUUGCUGCCAGAGCCGUGAAAAUGCAUGAAAUUCCCUACAAAGGGUGUGUUCCUAAACAGCUUGAACAAUUUAUUGAAAUACAUUGA